AUGGAUCUAUGGUUUCAUUCGAUCCGGAUUUGCUGGUGGAGGGUUUUGUUUCUGAUGAGUGUUUUCCAGGACUAUCUGAGCUCCAUGCUGGACUGCCCGCCGACCUGCAGCUGCUCUCAAACAGAGAUAUAUUGCAAUAAGUCCGACAACGGCAGGUUUUUCCCUUUAUUGGCGCUGCAAGACACUGGAAGCAAUGGGACCAGCGUUGACAUAGCAGAGUUAUUCAAAAACAUCAGCUCCAUACACAUAGAGAACUGGACAGGACUGCAGACUCUCAGAGACGUCGAUAUGGAGCUCUACACUGGACUACAGAGACUAACUAUCAUGAAUUGCAACCUGAGGGUGAUCCAGGCUCGAGCGUUCGCUCAGAACCCACACCUACGCUACAUAAACUUGUCAAAGAAUCCUCUCACCACUCUGUCAUGGCAGCUCUUCCAGCACCUCCAACUCUCCGAGCUGCGUCUUGAUGGCGUGGUGUUCGAAUGCGGCUGUGAUAUCCGCUGGAUCCAGCUUUGGCAGCAGAGAGGAGAGGCCGGGCUCCAUACACAGCAGCUGUACUGCAGGAAUGGAGCCUCCAAGAUACGACUGCACAACAUGUACAUCAACAACUGUGACUUACCAGAGAUCAGCGUGAGCCACAGCAGUGUGUUGGUGAUGGAGGGCGACAACGUGACGGUGAGCUGCAACGGAUCCGGAUCACCGCUGCCUGAAGUGGACUGGACAGUUGGCGGCCUGCACUCCAUCAACACACACCUGUCUAACGUAUACUGGCCAAACAUCCACUCCAUCAACCUGACUCUGUUCAACAUCAGCCGGGAUGACAACAACUUCCAGCUGACCUGCAUUGCAGAGAACGUGGUGGGGAUGACCAACUCCUCCAUCCAGCUGAACGUACAAUUUCCUCCAGUCAUCCUGAGACUGGCUGAGCCGGAGCAGCGCCACGACACCUGCAUUGAAUUCACGGUCCGUGGUUACCCUCAUCCCAAGCUGCGCUGGUUCCACAAGCAGAAGGAGAUUGUCCAAAACGAGUAUGUUCGCACUGAGAUGGACUUCUACCAGGACUACCUGGAGGGCUGUCUCACAUUCCAGAACCCAACACACAUCAACAACGGAAACUACACUCUGGAGGCCAGCAACUCUCUUGGAACAGUUACAAAAACAGUGUAUGGUCACUUCCUCAUGGCCCCGGGUCUGGAUGACGAGGAUAUAGUGGAACUAGGUCCUUCGACGCCGUCAAAUGAAGAUGUAGGCCGACCAGAUGAAGACACAUUUGGGGUUUCCAUCGCCGUGGGUUUGGCCGGCUUCGCUUGCGUCCUUCUCCUCGUCCUAUUUGUUCUCAUCAACAAAUACGGCCGGCGCUCCAAAUUCGGUAUGAAAGGUCCAGUUGCAGUGAUCAGUGGUGAGGAAGACUCUGCCAGCCCUCUUCAUCAUGUCAACCAUGGGAUUAUUACCCCCUGCACGCUGGAUGCAGGUCCUGAUGCGGUUGUAAUAGGGAUGACUCGUAUCCCAGUAGUGGAGAAUCCGCAGUACUUCAGGCACGGGCACAACUGCAACAAACCAGCAACCCUUGUCCAGCACAUAAAACGGAGAGACAUCAUCCUGAAAAGGGAGUUGGGUGAAGGAGCAUUCGGUAAAGUCUUCCUGGCGGAGUGUUACAACCUCUGUCCCACCAAGGACAAGAUGCUGGUGGCUGUCAAGACACUGAAAGAUCCCAAUCUGUCUGCCAGAAAGGAUUUCCAGAGGGAGGCAGAGCUGCUGACCAAUCUGCAGCAUGACCACAUUGUUAAAUUCUACGGAGUGUGUGUAGACGGAGACCCUCUCAUCAUGGUGUUUGAAUACAUGAAGCAUGGAGACCUCAACAAAUUCCUCAGAGCCCACGGCCCAGAUGCCAUGAUCCUGGUAGACGGCCAGCCUCUGCAGUCCAAUGGAGAGCUGGGCCUUUCCCAGAUGCUGCACAUCGCAAGCCAGAUUGCCUCAGGCAUGGUCUACCUGGCCUCACAGCACUUUGUCCACAGAGAUCUGGCAACCCGCAACUGCCUAGUGGGCAACGGCCUGUUAGUCAAGAUUGGAGACUUCGGCAUGUCCAGGGAUAUCUACAGCAGUGACUACUACAGGGUCGGAGGACAUACCAUGCUACCUAUUCGCUGGAUGCCUCCAGAGAGCAUCAUGUACAGGAAAUUCUCCACGGAAAGCGACGUCUGGAGCUUCGGAGUCAUCUUGUGGGAGAUCUUUACUUAUGGGAAGCAGCCUUGGUUCCAGCUGGGGAACAAUGAGGUUAUUGAGUGCAUAACCCAGGGUCGGGUUCUGGAGAGGCCGAGGAUUUGUCCUAAAGAGGUGUACGACAUCAUGCUGGGCUGCUGGCAGAGGGAACCGCAGCAGCGACUGAACAUUAAGGACAUUCAGAAAGUCCUGUUCGCCAUGGGGAAAGCCACGCCGGUCUACCUGGACAUCCUGGGCUAGCGGCGGCCCGGGGUGGCCCGUUCCUCGCCAGACAGACGGAUCGACAGAGACAUACGGACAGACCGACCCACACGAAAUCCAGGAAUAACCAAACCAACCUGCUCCACUGUCGAAAAACACCUACAAUGUUUGGGAAGGACUUAAGUGCCUGCAACACUUUUGGAUAUAGUGGAUAAAACGUAUUCAAAAAAAAAAAAACACGCACUUUUACAUUUUGUUUACUUGGGUAUAAGAUGUACAGGUUUGAAGAAGACUUUUUUUUCUCGAAAAACUGCAAAAACACACAAAAAUGGAGACAAAAAGGGAAGUAAAGCGGACUGGCAAUAGGAAAAAUGGCCACAGUUUGAUUCUAUUAUGGAGAGAACACAGAGUUAAAAUCUAUCCUGGGUUGGUUUUAUGAAUAUAUAUAGAAAUAUUACAUAUAUUUUAUAUUUAUUUCUUUUUGUCAGGAUGUUGGAGGGUCUGCCAUGCGUGUUGCUAAGGGCUCAGCCCUGUCUGAAGACGUCACCGACAAACUAUUGGCAGGGACUCGACGAUGGCAGCCUUACUUGCACUCUGAGGGUCCGGUACUGAGCUUUUAAUGGAAACUCAGCUUCUGUGGAAUAACACUGGAUGGUUGAAAAAAAGGGAAACGCUCUAUAGAGGACCUACCCAAUCAGACAACCGACAAAUCUAUUUUAAUUUAAAAAUAAUGUACAUAUUGUAAAAUUCUAUGUGUCAAAAUUAUGUUAACUUAUUUUUUCGGGUGUUAUUUUGGUUCCUUUUCUGACUGUGAUCUGGGUGGCUUAAGUAUAAAGCUAUGGUAUUUGUUCUCAUCCUAAUCUAGAGGACCUUUCUCUUGGGAAUUACCUGUGUCAGUACUGGUAAGUUGUCUUAUGUGGUAAAGGUGAAUGGCAGUGAAUACACUUCGAAAAAGUCCACUGACACUGAUUCACAGAGACUCUGAAGGAUGAGGGACGACUCAGAGCCAUCAACUCGACACUUUUCCAAAGAGGUGAUGAAACCUCGCAGUCACUUUCCAGUUCAUUUGCUUUUUAUGGCGAGAAUAAUGUGUCGAUGAAUAAUAUCUUGCACCACACUUCCAAACACAUACACACACUUUGAGAAACUGUUCUGUCACUUUCAGCCUUUUUGGUGUGAAACUGCUUUUCUGCUCUCUUAAAAAAACCUUUUUGUAACUGAAAGUAUAAAUAAUUUGUUAGCUGCAGUGUGAGCCCUGCAUCCCCAUCCUAAGAAAACCUGCAACACUAA